CACAAACUAGCCUCAACUUUGCAUUAUCAGUUGAUUUUAUACCCCUCUUGUUGAUUUACGCCUUAUUCACUCUUUGUUUACAGCCUCUCACGCGUCCACACACAGUAGCUAUCCAAAAAUGUCUCCAUACAGCGCCGCCGAGGAGAUGGAUCGUCUCCAGCUCUCUGACGAAGACACCGAAGACCUGUGGGAUUCGCCGUCGAAACGCGGAAAGAAGAAAAUUAACCAGGCUCCGAUUAAGCAUGAGAGUUCUCCGCCACCAGCAGCUCAAUCCGACCUCGAUGAGGGAACGCUUUUCGACCGCCAAGAGGCCCGAGAGGCUGCCCUCCGAAAUGAACUACAAUCCGUCCGCAAUAUAAACCAUGUUAUUGAGAGUCUGCUGGGCAGUCUCGAUCGGGCAAAGGGCAAUAUGGACAACGUUUCACGAACCGUCAAUUCCGCUUCUACUCUUCUCAACACCUGGACGCGCAUUCUAUCCCAAACGGAGCAUAACCAGCGCCUUAUACUGAACCCCAACUGGCAAGGCGCGACUCAAGACGCAGCCGACAUUGAGAACGAGGAAUACCUCAGACAGCAAGCUGCAGAGAGACGGGAAAGGGAGCUCCAACAACAAAGAGAAGCGGCGGCACGAAAGGCCGAGGAGGACGAGAGAAAGAGGGCACAGUCAACAACUUCCAGGGGCACGCGGGUCGUUUCCAGGGGACGAGCUCGGGGCGGACUGGGAAGAACACCCAGCGUUUCCUACUCAGGAACCAGCACAAGCGGGUCAAGAACCACUUCAACAACGUCAGGCACGAAAUCAUCUACAACAACUACACGGAGACCGGUCAGUGGGAUCGCGCGGGGUUCGGGGGUGACGCGUGGUCGGGGUAAGCAAUAAACCCACGGGCGGAUAGGCUGUCUCGAGGCACAAUAAUAGGCACAUUUUUUUUUCCGCGGCAGAAUAAUACCCAUGCAGCUCAUUUAUAGAAGGGAAAUGAUUCUAAGUAAAGCUUCG